AUUAGUACACUGAAGCGUUCUUGCGUAUUUACACACACCCCGUAAAUAGCUUUGGCUGCCCCAGAGUGGGACAGAGAACGCUUCAAGAUGGGAGCCCAAAAUUCCCAGCCCUUCGCCAUCCCUGACCAAGAGGAGAUCAUGACAGAAACUGGCUUCUCACAAGCUAGUGUUCUUCGUCUUUACCAGCGUUUCCAGGCCCUGGACAAAGAUGAGAAGGGCUACCUCAGCAAAGAUGACCUCGAAGGGAUCGGGGAACUGGCAGUAAACCCCAUCGGGGACCGGAUCAUCAAUGUCUUCUUCCAAGAUGGGAGAGAGACCACCGACUUCCGAACAUUUGCUCGUGUGCUGGCCCACUUCCGGCCAGUGGAAGGGCCCGUGAGCUCGGAAAGCGUGAACAGCCGGCUUAGCAAGCUGAAAUUUGCUUUUCAGCUCUACGACCAAGACAAGGAUGGGAAGAUUUCGCGGGCUGAAAUGCUUCAGGUGUUGAGGAUGAUGAUUGGGAUCCAGGUGACGGAUGAACAACUCGAGUGCAUCACAGACCGAACCGUCCAAGAGGCUGAUAAGGAUGGAGACAACGCCAUCUCUUUUGAGGAGUUCGCAAAGUCUGUGGAGAAGCUGAACAUUGAACAAAAGAUGAGCCUUCGGAUCCUGAAAUGAUCAGUUGAGAACCAGAGAGUCCCACAACAACUUGGAAAUGA